AUGAAUGAAGUAAAACCAAUUAGCAUCAUUGUUCAAUCUUCUGAACAUUCUCACUCCAAUCUGUAUAACGAGUUGGAGAAAAUAAACUUUAAAUCGUUACAUCUCAAAUAUCCUAUAGAAAAAAAUCGACGCGAAGGAAGUGCAACUGCGAGACCUCAAGAAAAAUGGGCUACAAUUAAAGAUAUAACGGGUUAUAAGAGCGACGAUAUAAGAGAUCAGUAUGCUUUGUUUCAAGAUUCAAUGAAGUGGAUCUUAAUCUGUGGACAAUGUUUGGGUUUGAAUCCCGUUAUGGGGUUAUUAGAGAAAGAUUCUUCGAAUAUGAGGUUCAAAUAUUUCUCAUGGAGAUUUCUACAUGGUAUCUUACUGUGCUUUAUUCAAAUGGUUGCAACAUUACUUUGUUUGUACAAGUUGUAUAGAACAUUCAUUUCUAUAAAGUUACUGGCAUUCCUCUCUUACUACGCCGCAACUGGAAUGACCACUUUUUUAUUUAUACGUGUUGCUGCAAAAUGGCCAUCUGUACUGCAGGGGGUAUACAAUUCGAAUCUCGACGAGUAUAUAGACACGAAUCUAAAAUUUAAAUGCAGAAUUACUAUAGGCGUUAUGUUAACUUUAGCAAUAGUGGAACAUAUCCUAUCAUUAAUAUCGAAUAUGUCUGAAACUCUCGACUGUGGCGAUAAGUUAGAUUAUUUGUAUGAAGCCUACAUAGAACAUUCGUUCCCAUGGCUUUUUGAAAUUGGAAUGCCAUUUAGUGUGCCACUUGGAAUAAUUAUACAGUUCCUCAACCUUACGUGUACAUUGAAUUGGAGCUACUCAGAUUUCUUUAUUAUUUGUAUUAGUUUCUAUUUAACAUCUAUUUUGGAACAAAUCAGUACGAAAGUGAUCUUCUCACGUGACAAGAGUUUGCCGCCCGCAUUCUGGAGGCAACUGCGCGAGGACUACACACAAGCCGGUCGAUUGGUUCGAAACUUUGAUAAUGCAAUCAGUGGGAUCAUAUUUACAUCGUUUGCAAGCAAUCUCUUCUUCAUUUGUUUGCAACUGUUCAAUGUUCUUUCCCACGGAUUGAGGGCAAAACCACCCGCAGAGUCCUGCCCUAAUUUCCCAAGUGGCCCAUUUGGAGGAUUUGAAAAUGUAGUGUAUUUUACAUUCUCAUUGGUAUACGUCCUUGCUAGAUUCUUGGCCGUAUCAUUGGUGACUGCUAAUAUACACUCCACUUCAAAUGAACCCGCGUCAGCCCUAUAUGAUAUACCAUCUUCCGCGUAUUGCAGUGAGAUUCAACGGUUCAUAGAGCAGGUACAUGGAGAAACUUUAGCUUUGAGCGGUCUCCAAUUUUUCCACAUCACCAAAAGCUUAGUAUUAACUGUCGCCAGUACGAUAGUUACGUACGAACUUGUGUUACUACAGUUCAAUGGUGAAGAAAUGGUUCAUAGGUCAUAG